CGAUUGUGAUCAAUCUUCGAACAUCGUCCGUACCUUCCCACUCUUCCAAGCGCCACCAUGUCGUUUGCGUGCUGCUGCGCCGGUAAGCUCGAGGCCGACGCCGCCUUUGACGACACGGCCAAGCCGUACGCCCGCGCGCCGUCGCCGCAGGUCACCCGCGGCGUGGCCAUCGUGCCCACGCCGCUCAACGCCCGCACCAAGCCGUCGUUCUUCAAGCCCCGCGCGCGCGCGUGGAACCUUGACGCAGCGAUCGCGUCGUGCAAGGCCCAAGUCGCUGCCAUUGCAACCGAGUGCUACGCGGCCAAUCGCCACUUCCGCGACGUCGAGUUUGACUUGAGCGACGACGACUGCUUGAGCUCGCUCGCCGAGGAAUGGGACCGCGCGCCGCCUGGCGGCACUCUUCGCGUCCGUGAUAUCUUUACGUCGCCUGUCUUUUGCGACCAUGGCUACGACGCCAGCGACAUCACCGACGGCUACGCAUCGUGGUUCCUUACGGCCGUCGCGUCGGCGUGUGCGAUGCAUGGCCUCCUCGAACGGGUGUGCGUGGCCCGCGACGAGAAGGUCGGUGUCUAUGGCUUCAUCUUCUUCAAGGACGGCGAGUGGGUCCCUGUGCUUAUUGACGACCAGCUCUUUGUGUCGGAAACGGACUUUGACCACGCCGACUCGGGCGGGAUGGCCAUGACCAAGAAGACCUUCAACGCGACGUUUCGGUCCGGCUCGUCGAGUCUAAGCUUUGCCAAAGCCGCGUCGCCCAACGAGACGUGGCUGCCGCUCCUCGAGAAAGCGUACGCGAAGCUCCAUGGCGACUACAAGUCGAUCGAGGCGGGAUUGACGGGCGAAGCGCUUGAAGACCUCACGGGCGGUGUCACGACGCGAACUUAUCUGAAAGACGUCUCAGACCAUGACGCGCUGUGGCAACACGAUCUCAUUGGCCAUCUCCACGUCGACGCGCUGUUUGCCGCGUCGAUCGAGACCAAGCACUCGUACCCGGACUUGGCCUCGAGCAAUGGGUUGCUGCAUUUGCACCCAUACGCGGUGCUGCGCGCGGUCGACGUUGGCGGCCACCGACUUGUCCAGCUGCGCAAUCCGCAGAAAGGGCAUGAAUGGACCGGCGACUGGUCGGAUAGCUCCGAGCUCUGGACCGCCGAGAUGAUUUCCGCGCUUGGCCACACCGGCGGGGACGAUGGCUGCUUCUGGAUGUCCUGGACGGACUUCCUCGACGAGUUUACCCACCUCGAGCGCACGUGGGUCGAUGACGCCGCCACGUCACUCGCUGUGCGCGGGAGACCGUGGGUGACACUGCGUGCGGAAUGGCCGGCGACGUGGCAGCCGUCAGUGUUUACGUUUGAUGGCCCCGACGUGCUCUCACGGGUCACGCUCGUGCUGCAGCAAGCCGACACGCGCCGCUUUGUGGGCCUCGAAGGCAGCUACAAGUUUGGUCUUCGCUGCGCUUUGUACCGCAGCCCAGACGCCGCGACCAAAAAGAAGCGGGUCCUCGUCGGCCAAUAUACCCAAAACGCCUUCGACCGCAGCGCCAGCCUGCAAGUCGUGCUCCGCCCGGGCCAGUACGAGCUCGAUGUGAUGGUUCUCCGCACGGCCUCGGGGCGCGCGUCGAUCGAGGAGGUCAUUGCCGACGUCGGCGCGUCGCGGCCCGAGAAGCUCCGACAGCGCUGUGAAGCCGUGGAUGCGAGCCGCGCCCGCGCCAAGAGCGAUGUGCACGUGCUCGCAAUGGCGGCUGCGACGCAACACACUGCGUACGAGCGCGCGCGGGCGACAGGCAGCACACAAGACGAUGGCAGCCUCGAAGGAUCGGUUGUUGUCGGCCUCCGCCUUUUGUCGAAAGCCGUUUAA